AUGGAUCUGCGCUCAACGGUCGUCACCGCAGCACUUACUUGGACUGGUGAAACGUUUGAGAAAAACGUACAAAUACGAAUCGAUGCGAAUGGCCAGAUAGUGGAUAUUGGCAAAGAAAUUGUCAACUCAAACGAAACACUCACUGAUUUGGGAUCAAAGGUGUUACUACCGGGUUUUGUGAACGCACACUCGCAUGCAUUCCAUCGUUUUAUGCGUGGUCGCAGUCAAAUUGGUUCACCGAGUAGCGACAGUUUUUGGAAAUGGCGUGAUGAUAUGUACUCAAUGGUUGAGAACAUCAACAGACAACAAUUAUACGAGGUUUUUGUCCAUUCAUACCUUUCCACAUUGCUUGCACACAACAACAUUAAUAUCACUUUUGGGUCUGUUUUUCUGGAAAGAAAAGACUCGUUUCGACGUUUCAAACGAAAAUGUUUAAGUGCUUGUAUUCAUCGGAAAUUGGAGAGUUCAAAUGAACACUUGCAGUAUGCCCUGGUAACAUUCAAAGAAAUGUUGUCGGCUGGUAUAACGACAACUUCAGUAUAUGAUAGNCUCUACUGUAGAGCUGGUUUCGGUUCGGAGCAACUAGCGAGUGCACAGAAAAGAUUUGUCGCAACAUUUGAUGAGUUCACUGAUAGUGUGCAAAAACUGGAUGAAUAUAAAUCUGUCAAUCAAACAAUCGCAGUCUCAGCUCAUUCAUUGCGUGCUGUCUCCUUAGAAGAUUGUGUCAAAUUAAGUGAAUGGAGCAAAACAAACUCGAAGCCGCUGCAUAUCCAUGUUGAGGAACAACCAAAAGAAAUCAGCGAUUGUGAAUCAGUCAACAACCUAACCCCAUCUCAACUAAUUCUCUAUAGCAUUGCUAGCGACGAUGUGCUAUUAACGUGUGUUCAUUGUACGUUCACCUCUGCCAAUGAAAUGAGCGUAUAUGCACAACGUGGUACCAAUAUUUGCGUGUGUCCACUAACUGAAGGAUACUUGGGCGAUGGUAUCCCGAACAUAGUAGAUAAUAAUACGAUUUGUUUGGGCACAGAUUGUAAUAACCGCAUUUGUAUGCUUGAAGAAAUGCGAUGGCUUGCGUAUUGUCAACAUAUGAAACGAAAUUCAAGACGAGUUUGUGGACUGAAUGCACGCAAAUUAUUGCGCAUUGCGACCGAGAAUGGGGCACGCUCGUUGGGACUGAAGGAGAGUGUGGGACGUUUUGAGGUGGGGAUGCAGAUGGACUUCGUUGGAUUCGAUUUGCUAUCACACCGCAUCAAGUCAAUACCAGCUGAUGAGAUGCUGGAUGCAAUCGUUUUCGGUGCGGGUAAUGAUGAAAUUUGCAUGACGGCUGUUGGUGGAAGAGUUGUUUAUGACAAACAGAACAGAUCAUAA